AUGUUUACAAUAGACAACAUCCUGUCACGACCCGCGACGAAGCCCGUCAAUCCCACCGCCGCGGUGACACUUCCCGGUCCCUGCAACGCCGCGCCUUUCCGCGCUCCGCCUCCGCCGUCUGCACCUUUACCGCCACCACCGCCUACCCGCACACCUCCAGAUCCUCCUGAAUCCUCCAGACAGUCGCCAAUAAUCUCCCUUUCCUCUUCACUUUCCUCCACGCCCAGAGUUUCUGGCCCACAGCAUCAGGACAGCCUCCUCACAACCCCCCAUGCACACGAGGGCCUCGGCACUCCCGCCACAUCCUCUAAUCUCCUGGUAGAAAGAACAGGAGUCCCGUUUUCCUUGGCUCACUCUUUUGCUGGAGUGCUGGGCGGCUCGCCUCACGCUGUGCCCGACUCCUCCCUGGUCUCCCUGCAUUCCCCGCCAUACUCCGCCUCACUGUACCAGUCCACCGAUCCCUCAGGAUAUUCGUCUUGCUCUCAGCUCAGGUUGUGGAGCAACACUGAGGCGUGUGCAGCGCUCAGCGCAAACCCUCGGAAUGCGUGCGGGUUCCCUACAGACUGCAAUAAAGACAAAAUCUUUAAGGCGAGUCCAAGAUGGAUACCUUUUCCCUCAGCCUCCGACGACCUGCCUUCUAGCUGCCAGGAUCUGCCCGGCGCUGCAGUGCCGGAUAUUACAGACUGUAAGUCUGACUCUGUGUUUGUGAGCCCGCGAUAUGGAAGACUGCCCUUCGCCCUUCCUCUCUCACCCUCUCACAGCGCUGGCCUGCACAGCGACCCUCACCUGCACGUUCUUGGAGACAGCAACGGCCAUCCAGACACCAGUUUUGUCCCCUACCAGACUGUCUGUGCGAGGAGCGUCUACUCUCCUUGUUGUCAUGGACACAAGAAACUGCCUCCUGUCAUCACCACUCCCUCAAUCCGACCAUCGGCCACUUUUCCAGCAAGUGUGUCCUCAGGCAGCGGUCUCCUACUCUACCCUGCCCUCGCCACGGCCAGGGGCGCCGCCACCAGCCGCUUUGUGCCUCCACCCUCCUUUCCACCUCACCAGUCCGGGCCGGCACUGGUGCCUGUCCUGUCUCAGCACCUCAAGAGGCUCGCAGCGCCCUACGACUACUCAAGCACAGGCACCCUGGACAAGUGCGAGGUGAAGGAAGACAAGACGAGGGACACCAACCUCGCAGGUCGUCAGGUCAACGCGGGGAGCGCAGAGCAGCUGCUACCUCGCGCCACCAGCCUCGCCAUUCACCUGCCAACUGGUCUGGUGCAGCUCGCGGGGACCGGGCGUAAUCGGCGCCGUGGGGGGCAGGUAAGGUUCACGGUGCAGCAAACCCGCCAGCUGGAGAGAUGGUUCUCGCGGCACAAGUACAUCACACCGGCUCAGAGGAAGACCAUCGCCAGGGAACUGAGCCUACACGAGAAGCAGGUGAUGACGUGGUUCCAGAACAAGCGAGCCAAGUCCAAGAAGAGAACGGCGGCGUGUGAGGCGACGGCAACUCCUCCCACCCACACCUACACCAACACCAUCGCCCCCGCGACACCGCCCACGCCCCCAACGACCUCCACGGCUCCCACAACCACUUCCUGCACAUCUCCACCACCACCACCACCACCACCCCCACUAGCACCAUACUACCACACCAUCACAUCACCACAUCACGGUACUUCUUCCUACACCGUCCAGCACCCCUCACCACCACACCACCUCACCACUGCCUGCACGUCAAGCUAUGCUGCACCUCUGCCACGCGCCACACGACCACACACCACCCUUACUGGACCACCGCCACCACCACAGACACAGGCGUCACGUUAGAAUGAAGUGGAGUUUCAAAAAAUACAUUAGAAUGAAAUGAAUAUUCCAAAAAUACGAUAAAGUGAAGUGAAAGUUUCAAAUUAAGUUAGAAUGAAGAUUGAAAAAAAAUACUUUUGAAUGAAUACUUUGUAAUGAAGUGGAGGUUCAAAAAUACGUUAGAAUUAAGUGGAGAUUAAAAAAGAUACGAUAGUGUGAAGUGGUUCCAACUUAAGUUAUGAUGAAGUAAGGAUUAAAAAAUACGUUAGAAUGAAACAAAAGAUUUAAAAAAUACGACAGGAUGAAGUGGAGGUUAAAAAAUAAGUAGUAAUGUCUCCACCUGUCUGAGUGUAAGCCGUCACCAUGGCAACACUCGGGAGCAAUGCUGUAAUAAUGACUUCAGGCAAAAUAAUGAUGUGUAAACGUCAAAAAUAAUGAAAUGCAAAAUUGAUGUUUUUUUUUUAUGUGAGGGAA